ACCGCUUCACACCACGCAUCUUCAAUCCUCUCAUUUCCCCAAUCACUCUCAUCAUUUCCUCCAAUCUCAAUCCCACAACCACAAUGCCAACCCGAUCAACCGGAGCCAUAAGCCAGGACUGGGAGCCAGUCGUUCUACACAAAUCAAAGCCCAAGGCACAGGACCUGCGAAACCCCAAGGCCGUGAACCAGGCUCUGCGAACCGGCGCGGAGGUGCAGACGGUGAAGAAAUCCGACGCCGGAUCCAACAGGAAAACCGCCGGCCCGGUUGUGAACGCGAGGAAGCUUGACGAGGCGGCGGAGCCCGCGGCGCUGGGGCGCGUGGCGGGGGAGGUGAGGCACGCGAUUCAGAAGGCGCGUUUGGAGAAGAAGAUGAGUCAGGCUGAGCUGGCGAAGCAGAUCAAUGAGCGGCCGCAGGUGGUGCAGGAGUAUGAGAAUGGUAAGGCGGUGCCGAAUCAGGCUGUGCUUGCGAAGAUGGAGAGGGUGCUCGGGGUGAAGCUUAGGGGUAAAAUCGGAAAGUGAGGUUUUAGGGACAUUGAAUGUUGUGGUGUGAUUCUGUUGGAACAAAUCGUUUUGUGUCAGAAUUGCUUUGCUAUUGCUACUGAUUCUGUAAUGAAAUAUUGUAAUCUCGUUGUAAAUAUUAAAUAAUGUGUUGCGAUUUUGAUC